AGCCUCCUCCCACGCCCUUACAUUGCAAUCGACAACACUAUAUAGAUAGAUAUUCUGAAAGGCAGGGUGCUCCUCUCUCUCUCCCUCUGCUCUGUACUCAGCGGGUCUUCAUGGUUCAGUUCGUGAUCGUCGCCGACGCCGGCGCGACGCUGUGCCGACUCACCCUUGCCCCCACUUCCACCGUUGCGCAGCUUCUGCAGCAAAUUUUUCUAGUACGACCGGAGCUGCGGUCCACCACGCGCGUCAUCCGCAAUGACGCUCGCGGGGCGGUCUUUGUCGUCGCCGGCGCCCCGGACGCGUCCCUUCGGCUGACGCUUCAGCAGGCCACGCUGACGGCGGCAGAGGCCACGGUGGAGACGCUGGUCUUUAGCAGUCAGGCGGUAGUCCCGCCUAGCUCGAGUCAGUCAGCCGCCGCCUCUGCAUCCGCUGCUGCUGCGAGUGCGACGAGCAACACAACCAGCAGCAGUGGCGGCGGGAGCGCACCGCCGAACUCGUCCGACGCCGUCGCGGCGCGCAUCCUUGAGAUGUUCAGCGCUGGCAGCAAUCGAAGCACCUCUGCCGCUACGCCGCCCUCCGCUCAGCCACCACCACCACAACCACAGCAGCAGUCUUCGCCGUUGCCGGCGACCACUGUCGCAGUCCCUGCCCCUGGUGGAGCACAGGAGGAGGGGAGUGUCUUCAACCCCGAUGCGCUGUCCCCCGCCCAGGUUGAGCUGCAGCAGCGUCUCUACGCCGCCAUCCAUCAGCGGCAGAUCGACGAGAAUCUGGCCAACGCGCUCGAGUACACACCGGAGGUGUUCGCGCCUGUGGUGAUGCUGUACGUUCCGUGUACAAUCAAUCAAGUUCCCCUCAAGGCCUUCGUAGACUCGGGGGCGCAGAAGAGCAUCUUGAAUCGCGCCACGGCGGAGAGGUGCGGGCUGAUGCGACUGCUCGAUACGCGCAUGAGCGGGUUCGCGGUCGGUGUCGGUCGGCAGCGCAUCCUCGGGCAGAUCCACAUGGCGCCCGUGAACAUCGCCGGCAUGUACAUCCCCUUUGCCUUCUCCGUGCUGGAAAGCCAAGACAUGGACCUCAUCAUCGGACUGGAUCAGCUGAAGCGGCAUCAGAUGGUGAUUGAUCUCAAGAACAACCGUCUGACGAUCGACGAGGCGCACGUCCCGUUCCUAUCGGAAGGAGAGAUUCCCAAACCGAAGGCGAUGGAACCGUAUCCGCAGGAUGAGGAGGGCGGGGAUGUGUUUGCGGGCAGCGGUGGCGGUGGCGGUGGAGCCGAGGAAGACGAACAUUGGCAGCAACAGCAAGAGCGCCAGCAGCGUGGUUGUGCAAACCGACAUGUUGACGUACCGCGCACGCUUCCGCAGCAUCUUGACGAGCAACGAAGCUCGCCCUCGUCUCCCGCGGCGGCGGCGGCAUCGGCGGCGGCGGCGGUGUCGGGCUCAGACGUCUCCGUUGCGGAGCUCGUCCCUGCUCCGGUGCAUACUCCCGCCACCUCCACCACCACCGCGUCGCCCGUCACGGCGGACGAGACGGCGGGAAUGCCGCAGACCGAAGCUGAAAAGGCGGCGCGAGUGGAGGGGUUUAUGUCCUUCACCGGUAUCACGGACCCGGAGCAGGCGAAGAGCUUACUGGAGGCGGUCGGCUGGGACGCUGACGCGGCGGCGGCGCUGUACUUCGAUGCUGCGUAG